GGCCUGAGUUCUAAUUCUGUCAUUUACUGUAUGGGGACUGAAUUAUUUCUUGCUAUGCCUCAGUUUCUGAAUCUGGAAAAACGGAGACAAUCCUGCCCACCCCCAGUGGGUUUUCGUACACAGGGCCUUGGGUACAGUAGGAACGCCACUGUCCCCUACCCCAUGCCGUGUAAGCUGCUCCGUGAACACUGCAGUGUUCCGGGGGCACAAGGCUGCCCCUCCCGGUUUGGAAAUCCAAAAGGGAAGCAUAGUCCACACUGUGGGCAUCAGGACACUUUGAAUCCCCUGCUUGGCCAAGGGAGUAGGGGAAUGAAUCAUUUUUGUGUUAACAGAAGGUGUGGAGAAGAGGACAGACAACCUGCCUCCCUGGAAGUCAGAGGGGAGCAGCUGGCCGGCAGGGGGCCGGGAGCAGCUGAGACAGAAUCCCAGCACCAUCGGCCACACGCACUGAUGAUGCCCGGCCCACAGCCUGCCUUCUGGAAGCCAUCACGUCACCGGGAUGCACAGGCGGCUGGACCCGUGGUACAGGAUGGAAUUCCCACAGGAGGCAGGAAAGCACAACAGACAAGAGCUCAGCUCUGGAGGAGGAAUUUUCAUCGUGUCCUGGCUCGGUGUGGAUGGCCAAGGGCUUGCCCAAGUUCCCCGACGUGGAGGGAGGACGUAGCCUCACGCCCCAAAGCUGCUUGCUCUGGCUUCACAGCAUGGGUACCGGAGGCGGAGAGCAGGCCUCUGGCUCCGGGAGGUCGCUCCUACUGAGCACGCCUGACUGGGGUACCAGGGACUCCCAGAGACAGUCCCAAGCCAUCAGCUCAUCAGAACACACAAACAAGGACCCAUAAGAAGCACCUGAGGUCAGAAAAGAUGCCUGAGAUUCCACGAGCCACUGUAGCCACCUUCACCCCGUAUCAUCCCUAAGGCUGCAGAGGCUGCACCGGAAAAAGCAAGAGGCAGGCUGAGCCAGCACGACGAGGAACGGGCAGUGCCCACAGCGAGGACCCAGUGUGGCAGUGCUCCGGGCCCCGCCUCACCCACCCUGGAGCUAACCUACCUCCUUUCUUAAAAAGGUGACCAGAUAGGUGAGGUGUAUUUGAACCCCCAUAUCCAACGUUCACUCUCCCUUCCCCCUGGUCCUACCCAGAUCCCCCGAAACACCGAAGGAGUUUCUCAGGAUUCUCAGAGGAUUCUCAGCUGUUUUGUCCUUUCCUGGCCGGAAUGACAUAAGGCUGAUGCCAGUAUCCUGAGCUGCUCCCAUGUGGAGGACAGUGGCCAACGUAAGGGCCAAGCCCAGGGGAGGCUCAAGGUCCCCCAAACCCUGGCUCUGCCUCUGUAGCUGAAAUAUCCCUUCCCCUCUGUCCUGUGGGGGCAUGCCCCUCCGAGUGCCCACGCAAAGCUUCCCUUUCUCAGAGCCCGUCCCGAGCCUUCCUCCUCCAUGGCUGCAGUGGACAGGAGCCGGAGGGGGACACAUGGACUGGCUCCACAGUAGACAGCAGUCGCCCAGGGCCUUCCCACACGAGCUCCUGCUCUGCCUGGAGCACUGAGCGAUUUCACCCACUGAACAGCACAAGCUGGGCAUGGACAGGAGCGCGUGCAGCGGCACUCCUCGUAACAGCCAGAAACAAAGAAUUCAAUUGUCCGACAACCAUACGCCCGCCAAAAAACAUUCACACAGUGGAAAUGACACAGCAGGGAAUGAACAGACUCGUGCUCUAGCUAACACCACAUAUGAAUGUCAUAAACGUAAUGGUGAGUGGAAGAGGCCACAGUGACUCCAUUUAUAUAAACUACUCCAAGAUAGUAGAAGGAAGUCGAAAGACUGGAAAGAGAGGGAAUGGGUUAUGUGGGCAUGUGCACUUGUCAAAAACCCAUCAAGCUGACCUUAUGAUCUUCUGUACACAUUAGACUGAACCACAAAAAAAACUGCCAUUUUUAUAGGUCAGAAAAGUCAAAUACCCAUAAUUUCAUAUGGUUCAAAUUAAUAUGCUUUAAUAAAAAGCUUUGAAAAAUCAA